AUGCCCGAUGCCUCUGCCUCGGGGGCUUCGGCCUCCCAUAACGACAGCUCUGCGCGCAACCGGCGCGAGCACAACCAGGGCAAUCAAGAGCGCAAGUACACGGCCGAGCAGAAAGCCGCCGUCCUCCGCAUCCGACGAUGCAGCCCAACCGCUUUUUAUGAGAUCCUGGAGCUCCAAAAAACGUGCAGCGACGCCGAGAUCAAAAAGGCCUACCGCCGUCUGUCACUGCUGACCCACCCGGACAAGAACGGCCACGAGCACGCCGACGAGGCCUUCAAGAUGGUGUCGCGGGCGUUCAGCGUACUGGGCGAUAAGGAGAAGAGGGACAAGUACGACCGCUUUGGGACGGACCCCGACAACCGCUUCGCGAAUGCCCAGCACGCGGCGCAGAACCCGUUUGCGGGUUUCGCGAACAGGGGAGCGGCGGGCGCAGGGGGAGGGGGCAUGUGGGCCGAGGAAGAGAUCAGUCCCGAGGAGCUGUUCGCGAGGUUCUUUGGCGGCGGUGGAGGGGGGUUUGGUGGGCCGUUUGCAGGUUUCGACGGCGGGCCGCAGUUUGUCUUCAACUUUGGCGGGCCGGGCAUCAGGGUGCACAACUUUGGCGGGAACCGCCCGAGGGGCCGGCCCCGCAACCCCGGUCAGGAGGAGCCGGCGAGCACGUGGAGCUCGCUUGUUGGCUUGCUGCCCAUUCUCAUCUUUGUCAUCUGGCCCAUUCUUUCGGCGCUCUUGUCGGGCAUCUCGAGCAUCGGCACCCCAGCGACGCCUACCAUGGCGUUUGAUAACCCGGUCCCGCCGCUGUACACGAUGGAACGGACAACGCCCAAUUACAAGGUCAAAUACUACCUCAACCCGCAGGACAUCCAGUCGUACAGUCCGUCCAAGCUCUACUCGCUGGACAAGAAGGCCGAGGUUCUGCUCGUUCAGGAGCUCCGGAUCAAGUGCGAGGAGGAAAUGGCGCAUAAGCAGCAAUUGAGGAACGCUGCCCAAGGUUGGCUACGCCCUGAUCCGGACAAGAUGGAGUUGGCGAAUUCAUACCCUAUGCCGGCCUGUCGGAGGCUGCAGUCGAUGAAAUUGUAG